CCACGCAGCAACUUUGCUAUGCUCACUCUUGACACGAAUUCGACGCGGGGCGGUCAGACCGUCACAAGGGAUAUACUUUAUCAGAAUACAGAAUUCAGUCGAUAUCGUCUUGUUGAAACUCUCCAACCAUGGCAGUUAAUCGACCGUACUGCCUCGCUCUGGUCGUCAUCGUCGUCGUCGUCAUAUCGUCGACAAACGCCUUCGACGUCAGAUCCAACUCAACUUACUUUGGUGUUUCUCUGAAUGGAGUUGAACUCAUACGCCAUUCUCCAGAUGACCCAUUCCUUUAUGUCGGGUCAGGAAUACCAACAUUUGAAGGCCAAUUUGGCAAUUAUGAUGUCGAGGAUUACAUUGAAGAACGUAUCGCUCUUGUCGACUUUGUUGCUGAUGGUUCAAACGUUUUCACUUUUAGUCGACAAAAUAUGUUACAGGUUCAAAUCCGCUUGGUGAGUGAUGCUUCUGAAUCUCCAUACGUUGAGUUCACAAGUAUAGCUGACGGCAUCAAUCGAAUCUGGUUACGGCUUGUAGCAGAGAAAGAUGAACAUGUAUUUGGUGGAGGAUCCCAGUUCUCUCAUUUCAAUAUGAGAGGGUAUAAAUUCCCAAUCUGGAUUCAAGAACAAGGAGUUGGACGAGACAAGAACUACGAGAUCACAUUCAAAGCCGAUCAGCGGGAUGGUGGAGGUGGUGACUACUAUACAACCUAUUGGGCUCAACCCACCUUUGUUUCCUCUCGUCUCUACUAUGCUCACUUCGACAUUACCACCUACUCUGAACUGGACUUUCGAGCCGAUCACUUCCACGAGAUCCACAUCUGGGGAAACGCUCUCAGCAAGUUCCACUUCUUUACUGGAAGCAAUUACACCGAUCUACUAGGGGAGUUAACUGGGUACCUUGGAAGACAACCGAUGCCUCCUGAAUGGAUCUAUAAUGGCACUAUCUUAGGAGUCCAAGGGGGAACUGAUCUCAUGCUUCAAUACAUAGACAUGGCUGAAGAACAUGGAAUCAAAGUGAGUGGAGUCUGGAUCCAGGAUUGGGUUGGCCGUAUCACCACGUCUUUUGGAAGACGUCUGUUCUGGAACUGGGAGUGGAACCCUGAGCAGUACCCCAACCUUGAUACAGUGAUACCGCAACUCAAACAGCGAGGUAUUAGGGUGCUGGUCUAUGCCAAUCCAAACCUCAACAGAUUAGGGAGUUUGUAUGAGGAAGCAGCAGCAGGAGACUACCUCAUCAAGAACAUUUCUGGGGAUCCAUACAUAGUUGAUUAUGGUGAAUUCUUCUGCGGAAUUGUGGACUUCACAAACCCUGCGGCUGCUCAGUGGUACAAGGACCGUAUCAUAAAACAAAAUAUGCUGGACCUGGGUGUCAGUGGUUGGAUGGCUGAUUUUGGAGAGUACCUCCCUAUAGAUGCAGUGUUUCAUAGUGGAGCUAAGGGUACAGAUAUCCAUAAUCAAUGGCCUGCCAUCUGGGCUCAGGUGAACAGAGAAGGGGUGGAGGAGGGUGGCAAGAUGGGUGACAUCCUAUUUUGGAUGCGUGCCGGCUAUACAGGAUCCCAGAGGUACAGUGUCAUGACAUGGGCUGGUGAUCAGUUUGUUGACUAUGGCCUUGCUGAUGGCAUAGCAUCCGUGAUCCCCGGUACCCUAUCUUUGGGUAUGUCAGGGUACGGAAUGAACCAUUUCGACAUAGGAGGCUACACAUCUCUCUUUGAAGUCACCAGGACUGAGGAACUCUUUCUCCGUUAUGCCGAGAUGGCGGCCUUUACUACCAUGAUGCGUACCCAUGAGGGUAACAGACCUGAUGAGAACUGGCAGUUCUACUCAAGCUCACACACCAUGUACGAGUUCGCCCGCCAUACCAAGAUAUACGUGGCCCUCAAUGACUACGUCAACAACACCCUGCGUGAGAACCAUGAACACGGCAUUCCUGUUCAACGUCCACUCUUCCUGCAUUAUGAGGACGACGAGCGCACCUACGACAUCCAAUACCAGUAUAUGUUCGGACCGGAUCUUCUGGUUGCUCCAGUGAUAGAGCAGGGUCAAGAAAACUGGGAUGUUUAUCUUCCUGUAGAUGACUGGAUAUUCCUUUGGGAUGAAGACAUCACCUCGGAUGGCGGAGAGACCAUAACAGUUCCCUCUCCAAUGGGUUACAUACCAGUCUUCUUUAGGUCCCAAUCUCCAUGGGCUGACACUUUUAGACAGUUGAGAGACAUUGAGGCAGUAACAGUAACUCCGACCGAACAGAUGACGACUGCUGGAUGUUCCACUAUAACGGCAUCAUAUUUACUUCUCGCUUUGUGUUGGACCCUAAUGGCAUUAUUGUGGUAGCUAUCCACAUUAAUUUGUCAAGAAAGUCUACCCUAAGCAAGACUAUAAAUAUGUUUUUUUUUGUAGAAUCAUCUUCUCAGCUAUCUCAAGGCAUAAUGAUGAUAAUAAUGUGUACAAAUUGAGCAUGCACUGUCCAGGAAUGCUCAUUGCACUAGAAUCCAGAUUCAACUUGUUAUUCCCAG